AUGCCAGCAAGCACGUCUAUGGAAUGGAAUGGAAACAUCUCUUCUGUGACUGUAUUUAUUCUCCUGGGUCUUUCAGAUGAUAAAGAGCUGCAGCUCAUCCUUUUUCCAGUAUUCCUAGGGAUCUACUUCAUCACCCUUAUCUGGAACCUGGGUCUCUUCCUUCUAAUCUGGAUGGAUUCACACCUGCACACACCCAUGUACUUUUUUCUCAGUUCCCUGUCAUUUGUGGACAUCUGCUAUUCAUCUUCCAUUAGCCCAAGAAUGCUUUCUGAUUUCCUAAAACAUGAAAAAAAUAUUUCCUUCAUUGCCUGUGCCACUCAGUAUUUUUUUGUGGCCUGGAUGGGUCUGACUGAGUUCUGUCUGUUGGCCGCCAUGGCCUAUGACCGAUAUGUAGCCAUUGGUCACCCUCUGCAAUACUCAACCAUCAUGGCCCCUGGACUCUGUGUGAAGAUGGUAGCUGGGGCCUAUGUGAGUGGGUUUCUUAGUAGCUUAUCUGAAACACUCUCCUUUCUGAAUCUUUCCUUCUGUGGACCAAAUGUCAUUCCACAUUUCUUCUGUGACUUACCUCAGAUAGUUUCUUUGUCUUGCUCUAAGCCCUUAAUCAGUCAAACAAUUGUCACUCUGGUAGCUGUUAUUAUUGUUUUGGGAACUUUGCUUAUAGUCCUCUUAUCCUAUGGUUUCAUUGUAGCUUCUGUCUUGAAAAUAUCCUCAGGCAAAGGUAGUGCCAAGGCCUUCAAUACCUGUGCCUCCCACUUGGCAGCAGUGACCCUCUACUAUGGCACAGACAUCUCUGUGUAUUUGUGCCCCAAGUCUAGUCAAUCCAUGAAGCAGGACAAAAUAGCAUCAGUGUUCUAUGUCAUCAUUAUCCCCAUGUUAAACCCUCUGAUCUACAGUCUGAGGAACAAGGAGAUCAAAGCAGCUCUCAACAGGCUUAUAGAGAAGGCACUGGGCUUACCUCAGUUAACAUAA